AUGAGCGGUCUCCGAAACGGCUCUGCGCCCAUGCGCUCCAUCGAAGACGACAGCGAUGUCGAGGAGGAAGCCCUUGUGGCCGACUACAAGGAGCAGGUCCAGUACGAGGAUGGUGAGGAUCUGGAUCAGGUCAAUUCCAUGACUAUGGCCCAACAGACCGACGAUAUCCAGUCGAGACUUGUCGCCGCUGCUCAACCGCUGGACUUCUCCGCGCCUCUCGAAGUCAAGUUCCAGAGUUACGAUGCCUACUGCAACCUCUUUCACUUCAUCCUCAAUUCUGAGGGCCCGGUCGACCUGGAGCCCCCUUCGCAUUACUGGGCUUGGGAUGUCAUCGACGAGUUCAUCUACCAGUUCAACUCCUUUUCCUCCUACCGACUGCGUAUUGCGCGACAAGCUAGAGAAAACGAGGAGGAAAGACAAAUUCUGCGCGAGAACCCGAAUACCUGGGGAUGUUACAGCGUGCUGAACGUGCUGUACUCCUUGAUCCAAAGAUCGCAGAUCCUCGAGCAGCUCAACGCCAUGAAGCGGAACGAGGACCCGGCAGCUGUUGCUGGUCCAUACGGCUCCAAGACUUUGUACAAGAUGCUUGGGUACUUCUCCAUUAUUGGGCUCUUGCGAGUUCACUGCCUGCUCGGCGACUUUAGCCUUGCGCUGAAAACCCUCGAUGACAUGGAGCUCAACAAGAAGGCCAUGUUUGCGCGCGUUAUGGCCGCCCACUUCACGACCUACUACUACGUUGGCUUCUCCUACAUGAUGAUGCACCGAUACGCCGACGCUAUCCGCAUGUUCAGCCACAUUCUGGUCUACGUCUCGCGUACGAAGAACUUCCAGAAGAACGCCCAGUACGACUCUAUCACGAAGAAGAACGAUCAGAUGUACGCGCUGAUCGCUAUCUGUGUCGCAUUCCACCCGACUCGUCUCGAUGACACCAUCCACACCGCUCUGCGAGAGAAGUACGGUGACCAGCUUCUCAAGCUGCAGCGAGGUGGUCCAGAAUCGCUCCCUAUUUUCGAGGAGCUCUUCAAGGUCGCAUGCCCCAAGUUCAUCUCGCCCACGCCGCCGGACUUCGAUAACCCCGAGGCCAACGUGGAUCCCGUCGAUCAUCACCUUUCCGUCUUCAUGGACGAGGUCAAGACCAACAUGUUCAGCCCUACUGUCAAGUCCUACCUACGCCUCUACACAACCAUGGAUCUUAAGAAGCUCGCAGGUUUCCUGGAGGUGCAGCCGGAAGCACUGCGGUCUUACCUGUUGGUCAACAAGCAACGAACGAAGCAGCUGCGAUGGACCGAUAACGGACUGCUGGAUGGCGAGUGGGUGAACGUCAGUGACUUGGAUUACGCUAUGCAAGGAGAUCUGAUUCACAUUUCGGAAGCCAAGGUGGGACGCAAGCUGGUCGAUUGGUAUCUGCGUAACCUGUCGCGGACAUACAACUGA